AUGACAAUCUCGAAAAUCGGGACCGUCAAAUGCGCGGAUCCCCUAUCAAUGGCCCGACCGCAUCUUGUCCCCUCCCGCUCUCCCAAGCUAUGGAUGGGGGCUCCAGCCCAGUGCCGCAGCCUAUGGCGAUGCUCGCACCAUAAACACGGCAGCAUCAACGACCACGCAAAGCGUCGAAUGGAGAAAUACCAUCGCAUAUGUCUCUCCAAAUUCCGCAGCAGAGCAACCCACCUCCCAUGGCGACCACGCGCAAUGCACGACCACGAACAUCACCACCACCCCUGGUGGAUCCAAGGAUGGGGCUGGGGCCGCUCCAAAUCGAGCUUCCCAGGCUUUCGCAAUGGGCGGCCCCCUGGGGAAGACUUCUGGGAGGCCGAACGGGCCCGGACACAGCGACGGAUCGAGCAGAUCAAGAAAGAAAUCGAGGCGGAUCCGUAUGGAGCUUUGUUCGGGAGGAGAUUGGAGCCGUGGAGCACAUUCGAUAAGAUGGAGAGCACCCUUGCCUCCAUGUGUCGGUCUGUCUUUGGGUUUGACAAAAGUUUUGAUAAGACAGCGGAACCACGGCCAAUGGAUACUACCGCUCGGACGACUCCGACGAAGCCAUCUGCUCGGAGAGAGAAUGAAACUUCGGUUGACCACACCAAGGAGGAUGCUACUUCACGCGCCUCGACAGAUAUUGAUAGGAAUGACUUUGAAUUCGAUCCCAUUAGUGGUCGCAUGAGUCCGAGAAAGCCGGGACAUGGUUCCAUUGAACUGGAGAAGGAUCUGAAUGAUGCGAAUGGAAAACAAUCCACAACCAGGAGCUCCAAGUCCGAGUCUAGACGAGUGGGCUAUCUUUCUCCUGUACAGGAGGCAGGCGGCAGCGCCCAAGACUCGGUGGAAGCCGACAGCAGACCCAAUAUCAACGACGGCAUGGGAGAAGUUGGAAAUGUAUCCGGUCGCCUGAUACAUGAAGAUGGAGAUAUAAGCUCCAUCAAUGCGAAGGACUCGGACCAUACUACAGAACCUCUGAAAAUGAAUGACAAUAUGCCCAGCGAAGAUACGCCCAAAUCAAAGUAUCCUUCCGGAACGAACACGAAUGGGAUGCUCCAGUCCAAGAACGAAAUCGCAUAUGCUAAAACUGGGGUUGAGGGCAACGUGUUUGAGACUCGUGUGUCACAGGAAGCGCAGAAUGCCAUCAAACAAGAUGACAGCAUAGAUAACCCAAAGGACAGCUUCCGACGGCCAGUUUCGAGUUCUCAGUCCGUCGAGAAAGCUACAAGCGCAACAUCCACGCCUUCAUGGUAUUCGGACCCCGUACCCGACAAAGACAGAGCGGAAGACUUGGAUCUUUUGAGCGCUAGUGACAUCCGUUCGACAUACGACUCGAGAGCUCCGGAACAGAAUACCGAGGAUCAAAAGCGUACCCGGCGGGAAGCUCUCGACGAGUCAUUCGAUUCACAUGCAGACCCUGCGGGCGAGCUAGAUGCUCAGACCAUUCGGAGCAGGUUCCAACAUUAUCAGGCACAUGAGCCUGCUAAGGAAUCCGCACCUGAGUCUCCCAGCCCUGAGUCCACAACCGAGUCAAGCCUGAAAUCUGGGGAAGAUUCCACGGUUUCGCAACCACCAGUCCAUGACGAAGCUACACACUCUUCGCCAAAUAUGGACCAAGUCAACGCCGCAAAUGGAAUGUCUGCAAACCCUACCGCAACUCCUGAAAUCUACCAUGUCCUUGCCUAUGAUCCGUCGACCUUCCAAAUGACGCACGCAGAGACCGGUUCCUCCACACGCGCCACGAAUGAGUCGUUCCACCCAGCAGAAGUCCUCCCUCUGCUGAACAAUCCGGCCAAAUUCAUGCCGUAUAUCUCGAAGAUGCACGCUGAUGGUUACGAGAUUGUCUCUGGCAAUAAGAGAGCCUAUGAGUGA